AUGGCUGACACCGUUCAAUCUGAUGAAGAUCUUGCAGCUGCCUUUACUUCGUACUCCGAGGCUCGAAAAAGGCUUUCUGAUCGAUUCAAGAACAGGGGUUUCUGGCCAGUAGGUCCCAAUAAGGGGAAGGGCAAAGGAUACUCCAACAAGGGUCGUGGAAAGUCUUUUGGGAAAUUUCCAAAGAAGUCCUUGCAACAACGAAUACUCGAAAGCUCAUGUAGAAUCUGUGGGAAGAAAGGGCAUUGGAAAGCUGAGUGCCCUGAAAGAUCUAGGGGUAGCGCGUCCACUAGUGCAGCCGGAACAUCAGCAGCGAUGACCACCACUGCUGAGCCCCUUGAUGAUGCAUCCGAGCCCAAUGCCUUGCCAAUGGAGUUCAUGCAACUGAAUGAAAACCUCGCCGAAAAGCACACGGAGAUCCGGAACGACUGCACACCUUUUGAAUCGGAGAUGAUUCUUUUCUCCACCCAUGGUACCAGUGGCAUACUCGACACAGGCGCAACGAAGUCAGUGAUCGGCAGCAAACUGCUGCCAGCGUUCAUUGAAAGCCUGCCGCAUGAUGUCCGAAAGGCAAGCAUCAAUAGUGAGCGUCAAGUCCUGUCAAGCCCGAGACCACCUCAACCAAGUUCAUUGAACUUGUACAGAGCCUUCAGGAUCGCCAAAGCCAUGAGCCUUGCCAGUCGAAUGGACCGAGUCAUGGCUCAGACAUCUCCCGACGUAAUAGCAGCCUUCGAGCAGAAGACGUUAGAAGAGAUGGGCAACUGCAAGAUAGCGUUUGGAAAAGCGCAUGUGGGCAAGUCAUACCUCGAGAUGUGGGAGCAAGAGAAGUCGUGGAUGAAAUGGUUCAUCCGAACCUACUCAGACAGCCAACGAGAAGAACACAAGAAGCUGAUCAUCUAUGUCGAAAAGAUGGUGCAACAGCUCGAGAUCAGCAAUGGUCUCCCAACCCUGGAGGAGACAGAGACGCAACAGGGGAUUGUACAGCCUCGCUGCAAAGUACACCCCAAAGCCAAAGCGUCAGCCCACAUGACAAACCAGGCACCCUUCGAUGCCAUGACCGUCAUGAGCGAAGAUCCCAACGACCCAUGGGAUGUGAUGGAACAGAUCCACACCGUGCCGGUGACCAUGCAAUACCAGGAAGACAUGAACGCCAUGCAGAACCGCGUUCUCGCUGUGGAGAAUGCCCUGACAGAGAUCCUGCAGCCCGCGGAGGGUGGGUUUGAGGUAAGUGCUUGGGCCAUAAGACUGAGGUCAGUCUUUCCAUUUGCUGUGGCCAGCAUUCAAGUGUGGUACUCCUUGCCUGGACUUUGUCCCACCACUCCUCUGGUGGCCAAAGCCACCUGCACGACCAUGCCGGGAGGCAGAUGUGCCAGGCCCAGUGGGGCUAUGGAUUGCACCUGGUCUGCUGAGAAGGCUGGUGAGUUGAAACUCAGUGACGUGGAAGACGUUGCCAACUGGACGGACUUCUGCUUGCACCAUGGCAACGAGUACAUUCUUCCGUUCUGGGACGGCCGGGGUGACACGGCUCACAUGAAGAUGCGCAUGAGCAAGGCCGGCGCCCCUGUGGGAGCUGCUGGAACGCCCUUGGAUGGCAAAGGCAACCGAACCGAUCGAGCUGAAGGUGCUGGUGAUGCGGUCGGUGAUGCGGUCGGUGAUGGUGAGAUCAUGGAAAUUCAUGGAUUAUGGCACCUGGCAAUGACAUGCUAG